UCACUACUACUACUUAUAUACAAAUCGCAAAGACCUAAAACCUAUUCAUUGGGAACUGUGGACGACUCGGAUAUAUACGUGCCGUUAAGCAAAUUCAAAAGAGCCAAAGAACUGGAAAGAGUGAAGAUAUACCAGUUCUGCGGUCCUCUCAACUUCGCUAAUGUACCCUAUUUUAAGAAAGAGCUUGAGAUCAGGACUGGUGUUGAUAUAACGGAAAUAAAGGAGGAGAUGAUGUCAAUGGCUCCCAAAACCUCGUGCUUUAUGUUCGCCGAAACGAGAGAUUUUACGAAAUUGAACGAAGACUUCUUAGAGCAUAAGAAACAUUUGCCAAAAUAUAUCAUAAUUGACUGUUCAAUGUUGUCGUAUAUCGACACGUCUGGUGUGACAACAUUGACAAAGUUGGUCCAAAGUCACGCCGAGAUCGACAUUACCGUACAAUUCACGGGAUGUCCCGUUCAUAUUGAGUCGAUGCUCAAGAAGGACGGCUUCUUCAAAGAGGUGUCCACCGAUCGGGUGUUUAAGUCGGUUCACGACGCCAUCACUUAUAUCAGACAAAGCGAGCCCACAAUCGGUCAACCCAUUCAAGACUUCAGCAAAGACUACAGCACUGAGAGACGUAUUUUCUCCAAAGUUAUAUCCAACUUGUCGUUAGACUCGAUGGCCAGCGGUAUAACAAUGAGUAGUUAUAACGAUAUGAAAGCACCCGACUCUCCAAAGAGUAUACUGAGAGCCAGCGCUUUAAACACUCCCCAGUUUAAUAGACCCCGACGUUCAGUCACUUUCACAGGUUUCACGCAAUCCUAA